AUGAAGGCGAUUCUCAUUGAAAAGGCAUUGAAUUCUGUUGACCAGAUGACCGUCCACACCGUACCCGACCCCGUCCCCGAGAAGGGCGAGAUUCUUGUUGACUGCAAGGCCGCCGGUCUCAACUUUUUCGACAUUCUCCAGGUCCAGGAGAAGUACCAGAUUAAGCCUCCAUACCCAUACAUCCCCGGUGCAGAGUUCGCAGGGGUUAUUACACAGAUCCACCCCGAGACCAAGACCUCUUUCAAGAUUGGCGAUCGCGUCUUUGGCUCGACUCAGGGCUGCUACGCCGAAAAGCUCACCGUCGCUGCCAAGAACCUCCUUCCCAUCCCCAACAACAUCUCGUUCGAGCAAGCUGCAGGUCUCUUCAUCACCUACCCCACCUCCUAUGUCGCCCUCGCUAUCCGUGCCCAGCUCAAGAAAGGUGAAUGGUGCCUUAUUCACGCUGCCGCCGGAGGAGUCGGUCUGUCUGCUGUCCAGAUCGCCAAGGCUCUCGGCGCCAAGGUCAUUGCCACUGCAGGAUCUCAAGAGAAGCUUGACGUUGCCCUCAAGAACGGCGCUGAUUUCGCAGUCAACUACCGGGACAAGGAUUGGGCCGCCCAGGUCCUUAAGAUUACUGGAGGCAAGGGCGCAGAUGUGAUUUAUGACCCUGUCGGAUUGAUCAACGAGUCCCUCCGCUGUGCUGCCUGGUGCGCCCGUGUGCUCGUCGUCGGUUUCGCUGCUGGUACCAUUGAGAAGAUUCCUGCCAACCGAAUCCUGUUGAAGAACAUUUCUGUGGUCGGCGUCCAUUGGGGUGCCUACGGCAAGCACGACGUGGCAACCAUUGCCCAGGUCUGGACAGAGUUGUUGGAUCUAUUUGCAAAGGAGAAGUUGGUUCCUGUUGUCUAUGACAAGAUCUACCAGGGCCUGGAUUCAGUCAAGACUGGAUUGAAUGACUUGGCUUCCAGGAAGACGUUCGGGAAGGCCAUUGUCGCCAUCAACGCCGUCGCUCCUUCCCCCAGCAAACUGUGA